AUGGAGUUCGGCAACUCAGGAAAUCUGAACGAAGAUGGCAUCCACGUUGAUAUGGACCGGUUGAAGAAGGGAGAGGUCAACCUAGGAACUUCGAUCAUGGCAAUCAACUUCAAAGACGGUGUUAUUCUGGGCGCGGACAGUAGAACCACGACCGGAUCAUACAUCGCAAACCGGGUCACCGACAAGCUUACACAAGUCCACGAUACCAUCUGGUGCUGCCGCUCGGGGUCUGCUGCGGACACGCAAGCUGUGGCAGAUAUUGUUCACUACCAGCUGGGAAUGUACGGUAUCCAGAACGGCAGAGAACCCACUACACAAACGGCGGCGGCGAUGUUCCAGGAGCUGUGCUACGAGAACAAGGAUAGAUUGAGCGCUGGGCUGAUUAUUGCCGGCUGGGAUGAGCGACACGGGGGCCAGGUCUACUCGAUACCCUUGGGAGGCUCGUUACACAAGCAAUCGUAUGCCAUCGGCGGCUCAGGCUCCACCUACAUCUACGGAUACUGCGACGCCAACUGGAAGGAGGGGAUGGACGAGGCGGCUGCUGUGGAGUUUGUCAAGGGCGCGUUGCAAGAGGCUAUCAAGUGGGAUGGCAGCUCCGGCGGAGUUAUCCGGAUGGUGGUAUUGACGGCGAAGGGCGCAAACCGACAUCUGUACCUGCCAGAUACAGACUAUGCUGUUCGUCACCAAUAG